GGAGCUAGAUAUAAUAUCGAGUGAGGAGGGUGGGUAGGUCAUUUAACUUCAUAUAUAUAUCUCGUGACGAGGAUUUCCGAGAUUUUUCUUCACCUUUUCAUUUCUCUUCGGUCUUGAAAUUUUCUUGCUGUUACGUGGAAGACGAGACGGGUCAAGACAAGACAAGACAAGAUGAUAAGUUCACACAUUGUCUCAGGGCUUUUGGGCUUGGGAUGUUUGGUUGGUGGCUCUGGUGCUACGGGAUAUGGACCUAGCUAUGCUACCAAUAAUGCAACCAAAUAUGUUAUUAUGGACAAUGACUGGAGUUCAACCGGCUUCAUCCCAUAUCUCAUAGCUCUCGAUGCCGGAUGGGAAGUCUUAGGUUUAACAUCCUGUACCGCAGAUACAUGGCAACACCAAGUCGCACUACAUGCACUAGCUACCCUCUCUCUCGGUAACCUGACGAGCUGUAUCCCCGUAGUUCCGGGCUCUACAUUCCCGCUCAUCAAUACCGCCACGAGAUUCCAAGCAUGGGAGGCGGUUCAUGGUAAACUUCCUUGGGAGGGUGUAUUUGCUCCGUAUAAUGCUACAGCGGAAGCAGCGGGAAGUGAUCCCACCUCAGGAGAUAACCCUUUCAGAGUUGUAGAGGGGGCUUUUGUAGAGGGAAUGCCAAGUAAUUAUUCCAUUAACGGAUUGAAGAAAAGUCAGAGUGCUAGUGCAUUUAUGAUUGAAAUGGUGCAUAGAUAUCCGGGCCAAGUUUCGAUUUUCGCCGGCGGCUCUAUGACCAACGUCGCUCUCGCGGUCCGCUCCGAUGACAACUUUGCCUCCCUCGCCAAAGAACUCGUCAUAAUGGGCGGCUACAUCGACGACAAUCUCCUCCAAGUAACCGGUAGCGUGUUGCAAGCCGAUCUCAGCUCAGACAUCAACCUGAUGGUUGAUCCCGAAGCCGCCAAAAUUGCUUUCACAGCCAACUUUCCCAAGAUCACUUUCGCAGGCAAUGUAGCGAAUCAGGUGAUGAGCACGCAGGACUUCUUGGACGAGGUAAAGGAGGUUAGCAACCCAUACUCGGAAUUAGUGUGGGGACAUUACGGGACGGAAUUUCCGUUCUGGGAUGAAACCGCAGCGGCGAUUAUGGUUGAUGGAUCGAUUGUGGAGAAUUCUACGAGCUUCUACAUCGACGUCGACACAUCCUACGGCUCGCCCAACUACGGCAACAUCCACGCCUAUCAAGAAGCGCUGAUGCCGCCCGGCCUGCGCAAGGUCGACUACGUCAAUCGCAUCAAUGGUGAUACAUUGAAGAGCAUGAUUAAGAGAGCCGUGCAGUUUCCGAGGAAUUGUUCUUCUAUGGGGAGAUAGAGGGGAUGGGUGAAUGGAUAGUUAGAUAGAUGUUUAAAACAAUUGUUCAUCGAAUCCAUGAAUCCUCUCAUAAUUAUCUAUAGUGAUUAGUUGCGAGGCUCGAUAUCUCAAGGAAGGGCAUGCUACUGAGGGAGAAUAUUAUCAAACUAAGGUCAGACACAAGCCAAGCAUCGAUCAAAUCCAUAGAAAAUACUA